UUCGGGUGGUGCAGUCAAGGAUUAGUUACGUGACAACCGCAUCAAUGGCUGAGGUUGAGGAAGAGAUCUCCGGCGAUAUUGUUGUGCCAGAAACUGAAGAAAAACCAGGAAUGUCCAUCACCCUGUCGAAUGCUGGGGCACGGGAAUGGAUCCAGAAGAAGCGAGCCUCGGUCCGCCCCUGGACAGAGUUCCUGAAGACAUCGCAGUUCUCCAAGCCCAAGAGCGUGAAGGAGGUCACCAGCCGCGUUGUGUCCAAUAUCGAGACAUACCAAAGCAACUACCUGUUUGUUUUUGUGGGACUGUUGGUGUACUGCCUACUUACGUCACCGCUGCUGAUUGUGGCACUGGUGGUCCUCUUUGGUGCCUGCUACUGGAUCCGGGUCAGGAAUGACAGCAAGAAGCUCGCUUUAUUCGGCUAUGAAUUCACAGUAUUCCAGCAGUACGGCGUGGUUGGUUUACUAUCCUUCCCGCUGUUCUACAUCGCCGGUGCCACGUCUGCGGUAUUCUGGGUCAUAGGUGCAUCUUUUUUCUUCAUCAUGCUGCAUGCCGUCAUGUUUGAGCCGCUUGGAGAACGGGACGAUGAUGAGAUCACCAUGGAAGAAGUAUCAUUCGGCCAAUAGAAGCCCCCCUUGCACGAUACGACCAGCAUGAAAUGCAUUAUCCCUAGCUCUCAUUUGAGACAGCAGUCCUGAUUGGCUGAAAGGAGAGCUUGUCAGCGACUUUGGUGAUGGGUUCAUAAUAGCUGUUUCCUCAAGGAUUUUGUAACAGCUGUUGUGCUUGGGAGCCUAAGGCGGUGUUGGUGUUUUCACUUCUCUGUAGUUGCGGAAAUGGAUGCUCUGAGUGGCUCUUUAUAUUUAUGGAAAUCUUAGGUCCGUGUCCAAAUUACUUGACUACGGCUGACAGUAAUGUGUGUUCCAUAGACACACGUUAUUUCAGACUGCAGCCACUUGAUUUGGAUCAGAUCAGUGCAGGCACUGAUGGGGGCGCUGUUGUGGCUUUCCAAGGCCAUGCCCGAAUCACAGAGGUGGCAGGCAGUAACAAGUGCCUAUUGGAAAUGGCUAUGGCUACCUGCCAGUGGCUUCCAUAGCCAUGCAUACAUGUCAUUGCCAGCAAUAGCCACUACUUUUCGAUGUGAUAGAGCUAGCUAGAGUCGAGAGCUUAUAGAACCAUUUAUGACAAUUGUUUCAAGUACAUGAACUAUAAACAUACAUUAAAGGUCAGUGCCAGAGAUGUAGCCUGCCCUUUUUCUGAGUCCACCAAGUUCUCUAAAAUAAAAUGUGGGGAAUUAAGUGCGAAAGUCAAGAGAGUAAGAUCGGUACUUGGCCUAUGAUGAUGGGCAAGGAAAAGGUUUCUGUGAAAGGGUUCAGGCUAGUCCAUCGGCAGAUAUUCCCAUAUGUAUUGGAUUGGUUUGUCGUUCACAUUUCUACUUAAGAGUGGGCCUUUUCCAUUAGCUUUGGCAUGUAGGCUCGCUGUCUACUACAAUAGUUUACAUUUACCAGUCUGUAUACUACAGCAGGGGCCAUCUCUUAGCCACUCCAGUCCUGUGAGGCUAGUGCCAUAUCCAGUCCGUCACAAGUCCAUUCACUAUACCUCUUCCACAAAACUAUUCACAAGUUAUCACCAUGAACAACAACAGAAUGGUGUUUUCGCCACAAAGUAAUUUAAGGAGCUUCUGACUGGGCUCAAGAUUGGGUGACUUGUGAAAGGACUUGUAGGGACAAUUCAUAGAUCAGACUACAGCACCGGUUGGGGCUAGCCCCAAACUUUAAUCUGCAACAUCCAUCCUGCCAAGGCCGUGAUCACCCCCUUAGCCAUGCGUCAUGCUUCGUGGCUGCAUCGAAUCACUUGAUUGUAGCUUGAGAUCACACACGACUCUAUGGCAACCCGUUGCAAUCACUGUCAGAUUAUUGUGUAAUUUUAAGCUGCAACCAAGGAAGUUGCAUUUUUUGUCAAACUUGCUCUGAACAGAGGAAUUUUGAGAAUUCUAAGUUGGCAUUUUGGUAUAAAGUUCAUGAAUUUGAUCUACUGUUUGUAAUUUUUGUGUUUUAAAUGUCACAAAGUUGAAAUCUUGGUGGAAAUAUACGGUGGAACUAAAGAGGCCUACGUAUUAACUUAACUUGGUAGUUCAUUAUAUUUUUGCAAUGCAUAGUGUUCAAGAUAACGUACGUAUGCAUUUCUGUGCGUACCUUAGGCACAAUUAAACUAUUUAUCGUAAUACGUGGUAAAGGAAAGGAAGAACCAGUAUAUUUGUUCAAUUAAUUUGCUUCGUGUUGUUUGAGUUUGGUGUGGAAUGUAUGUUUGGGGUCUGUGUUGUAGUUUGGUAAAAUGUACGCGACAUUUAAUUUCAAGAAAUACUUGUGUGUUCAAUUCGUGUGUUCCAUUGUCUUAAACACCACGGGAGUCGGAUGAACUUCCAGUUAUUAUUGUGAGAAAAUGUCUAAUCAAGGAAAAUCCAUUAGUUCUUUUUUUCUGUUUGUGUAAUUUGGCAAACUGUAGAUAUGAGAUGUUUUGUAAUAUAGACUUUUGUGCAUGCAUAAAAUAAAGCAUACUUAGUGUAGUGUUCAUCUUUAUACA